GAAGCCGCAGUCCCGGCGGCUCCGGCGCGGCGCGGGAGCACCGUGGAGCGCAGAGCGCGAACCCGAGCGGGCAUGUCCCCGCGCUCGGGAGUCCCCGUCGGCCGCCGGGCCCAGGUGGCUGCUAACUUGGCGGCGGGCUCCUGUGGCCCCGUCGCGGCCAUGUAGUCGCCGGCGGGGCUCCCUGCAGCCCGGGAGCGGCAGUGCGAGUGAGCCGGAGCCCAGCAGCCCGCGGCUUCCCCGGGAGGCGCUGAGUGCGCGCCGCGCCCCCGCCGCCCCUCGGGCGGCACUUUGGCCCGAGAGGGAAAUGGGGGAGAAAGUUUCGGAGGCGCCGGAGCCGGUGCCCCGCGGCUGCAGCGGCCACGGCGCCCGGACUCCCGCCCCUGCGCCGGUCGCCGCGUCCUCGCCGGCUGCUUCCUUGGCCGAGUCCUCCUCGGGCUCAGAAACUCUGUCGGAGGAAGGGGAGCCCGGCGGCUUCUCCCGCGGGCAGCAGCCGCAGCCGCCGCCGGGCGGCGCCCUGGGCGUCCGCCUGCCCGCCGCGUGGGCUCCCGCGCGCGUGCUGCUCGAGCGUGGAGUCCCAGCGCUGCCGCCGCCGCCCCCCGAAGGAGCUGCGCCGCCCGCGCCCCGGGGCAGCAGCGCGUCCCAGGAGGAGCAGGACGAGGAGCUCGACCACAUCUUGUCCCCUCCACCCAUGCCAUUUCGGAAAUGCAGCAACCCGGAUGUGGCUUCUGGCCCCGGAAAAUCACUGAAGUAUAAAAGGCAGCUGAGUGAGGAUGGAAGACAGCUGCGGCGAGGGAGCCUGGGAGGAGCCCUGACUGGGAGGUACCUCCUUCCGAACCCGGCGGCGGGACAGGCCUGGCCAGCCUCGGCGGAGACGUCCAACCUCGUGCGCAUGCGCAGCCAGGCCCUGGGCCAGUCGGCGCCCUUGCUCACGGCCAGCCUGGAAGGGCAGCCUCCGAAGAACCAUUUCAACUCAGCCCGGCAUCGCCAGAGACUAGUGGACCCAGCUGCUUCAAAAAAGGAGCUGAGUCUCCCCAGAAGAGGAAGUCUGAUAGAUUCCCAGAAGUGGAAUUGCUUGGUCAAACGUUGCCGAACAAGCAACCGAAAAAGCUUGAUAGGCAAUGGGCAGUCACCAGCAUUGCCUCGACCGCACUCACCUCUCUCUGCUCAUGCAGGAAAUAGUCCUCAAGAUAGUCCAAGAAAUUUCUCCCCCAGUGCCUCAGCCCAUUUUUCAUUUGCACGGAGAAAUGACAGGACGGAUGGACGCCGCUGGUCGCUGGCCUCUCUCCCCUCCUCUGGCUAUGGGACCAACACACCCAGCUCUACCGUCUCUUCAUCCUGUUCCUCCCAGGAGAAGUUGCAUCAGUUACCAUAUCAACCGACGCCAGAUGAAUUACACUUCUUAUCGAAACAUUUUUGUACCACUGAAAGCAUCGCCGCUGAGAACAGAUGCAGGAACACACCCAUGCGCCCCCGUUCCCGCAGUCUGAGCCCUGGACGUUCUCCCGCCUGCUGUGACCAUGAAAUAAUUAUGAUGAACCAUGUCUACAAAGAAAGGUUCCCAAAGGCUACAGCUCAGAUGGAAGAACGUCUAAAAGAAAUUAUCACCAGCUACUCUCCUGACAACGUUCUUCCCCUAGCAGAUGGGGUGCUUAGUUUCACUCACCAUCAGAUUAUUGAACUGGCUCGAGAUUGCUUGGAUAAAUCCCACCAGGGUCUCAUCACCUCGCGAUACUUCCUUGAAUUACAGCACAAAUUAGAUAAAUUGCUACAGGAGGCUCAUGAUCGUUCAGAAAGUGGAGAGUUGGCAUUUAUUAAACAGCUAGUCCGAAAGAUCCUAAUUGUUAUUGCCCGCCCUGCUCGGUUAUUAGAGUGCCUGGAAUUUGAUCCCGAAGAAUUUUACUACCUAUUGGAAGCAGCAGAAGGCCAUGCAAAAGAAGGACAGGGUAUUAAAACUGACAUUCCCAGGUACAUCAUUAGCCAGCUGGGACUCAAUAAGGAUCCUUUGGAAGAAAUGGCUCAGUUAGGAAACUAUGAUAGUGGGACAGCAGAAACACCAGAAACGGAUGAAUCAGUAAGUAGCUCUACUGCUUCCCUGAAACUUCGAAGGAAACCUCGGGAAAGUGAUUUUGAAACGAUUAAAUUGAUCAGCAAUGGAGCCUAUGGGGCAGUCUACUUUGUUCGGCAUAAGGAAUCCCGGCAGAGGUUUGCCAUGAAGAAGAUAAAUAAGCAGAACCUCAUCCUAAGAAACCAGAUCCAGCAGGCCUUUGUGGAACGGGAUAUCCUGACUUUUGCAGAAAACCCCUUUGUUGUCAGCAUGUAUUGCUCCUUCGAAACAAGGCGCCACUUGUGCAUGGUCAUGGAAUAUGUGGAAGGAGGAGAUUGUGCUACCUUAAUGAAAAACAUGGGCCCUCUCCCUGUGGAUAUGGCCAGGAUGUACUUUGCUGAGACGGUCUUGGCCUUGGAAUAUCUGCAUAAUUAUGGAAUCGUACACAGGGAUUUGAAACCAGACAACUUGUUGGUCACCUCCAUGGGGCACAUAAAGCUGACAGAUUUUGGACUAUCUAAAGUGGGACUAAUGAGCAUGACUACCAAUCUUUAUGAGGGUCAUAUUGAGAAGGAUGCUCGUGAGUUCCUGGAUAAACAAGUCUGUGGCACACCUGAAUACAUUGCACCAGAAGUGAUUCUGAGGCAGGGCUAUGGGAAGCCAGUGGACUGGUGGGCCAUGGGGAUUAUCCUCUAUGAAUUUCUGGUUGGAUGCGUGCCAUUCUUUGGGGAUACUCCAGAAGAGCUAUUUGGACAAGUCAUCAGUGAUGAGAUCAACUGGCCUGAAAAGGAUGAGGCCCCCCCACCCGAUGCCCAGGAUCUGAUUACCUUGCUUCUCAGGCAGAAUCCCCUGGAGAGGCUGGGAACAGGUGGUGCCUACGAAGUCAAACAGCAUCGGUUCUUCCGUUCGUUAGACUGGAACAGUUUGCUGAGACAGAAGGCAGAAUUCAUUCCCCAGCUGGAAUCUGAGGAUGACACCAGUUAUUUUGAUACGCGGUCAGAGAAGUAUCAUCAUAUGGAAACGGAGGAAGAAGAUGACACAAAUGAUGAAGACUUUAAUGUGGAAAUAAGGCAGUUUUCUUCUUGUUCACACAGAUUUUCAAAAGUUUUCAGCAGUAUAGAUCGAAUAACUCAGAAUUCAGGAGAAGAAAAGGAAGACUCAGGAGACAAAACCAAAAGCACAACCUUGCCAUCCACAGAAACAUUAAGUUGGAGUUCGGAAUAUUCUGAAAUGCAACAGUUGUCAACCUCCAACUCUUCAGACACUGAAAGCAACAAACGUAAACUCAGCUCUGGCCUGCUUCCCAAACUGGCUAUUUCAACAGAGGGAGAACAAGAUGUAGCUGCCCCCUGCCCUGGAGACCCCCGUGAGGAGCCAGAAAAGCCAGCUCUUCCUCCUGAAGAGUGUGCGCAGGAGGAACCCGAGGUCACCACCCCUGCCAGCACCAUCAGCAGCUCCACCCUGUCGGUUGGCAGUUUUUCAGAGCACUUGGAUCAGAUAAAUGGACGGAGCGAGUGUGUGGACAGUACAGAUAAUUCCUCAAAGCCUUCCGGUGACCCCGCCUCUCACAUGGCUCGACAGCGAUUAGAAAGCACAGAAAAAAAGAAACUCUCUGGGAAAGUCACAAAGUCCCUCUCUGCCAGUGCUCUGUCCCUCGUGAUCCCAGGAGAUAUGUUUGCUGUCUCCCCACUGGGAAGUCCAAUGUCUCCCCAUUCCCUGUCCUCGGACCCUUCUUCUUCGCGAGAUUCCUCUCCCAGCCGAGACUCUUCAGGAGCUUCUGCCAGUCCACACCAGCCCGUCGUGAUCUACAGUUCAGGGAAGAACUAUGGCUUCAACAUGAGAGGCAUCCGGGUGUACGUGGGAGACAGUGACGUUUAUACAGUGCACCAUAUCAUUUGGAAUGUGGAAGAAGGGAGUCCGGCGUGCCAGGCAGGCCUGAAGGCUGGGGAUCUCAUCACCCACAUCAAUGGAGAACCAGUGCACGGACUUGUCCACACGGAAGUUGUAGAGCUCCUGCUAAAGAGUGGAAAUAAGGUGUCAAUCACUACUACUCCUUUUGAAAACACAUCAAUCAAAACAGGACCAGCCAGGAGAAACAGCUAUAAGAGCCGGAUGGUGAGGCGGAGCAAGAAAUCUAAGAAGAAAGAAAGUCUAGAAAGGAGGAGAUCUCUUUUCAAAAAGCUAGCCAAGCAGCCUUCUCCGUUGCUCCACACCAGCCGGAGUUUCUCCUGCUUGAACCGAUCGCUGUCGUCAGGAGAGAGCCUGCCAGGGUCCCCCACGCACAGCGUGUCCCCCAGGUCUCCCACGCCAAGCUAUCGCUCCCCCUCCGACUUCCCGUCAGGUACUAAUUCCUCCCAGAGCAGCUCUCCAAGUUCUAGUGCUCCCAAUUCCCCGGCGGGCUCGGGGCACAUCCGGCCCAGCACCCUCCACGGUCUGGCCCCCAAACUCGGCGGGCAGCGGUACCGCUCCGGAAGGCGUAAGUCGGCCGGCAACAUCCCGCUCUCCCCGCUGGCCCGGACGCCCUCUCCAACCCCCCAGCCCACCUCCCCUCAGCGGUCCCCAUCCCCUCUUCUGGGACACUCCCUGGGCAAUUCCAAGAUCACGCAAGCCUUUCCCAGCAAGAUGCACUCCCCUCCCACCAUCGUCAGACACAUCGUGAGGCCCAAGAGCGCAGAGCCCCCGAGGUCCCCGCUGCUCAAGCGCGUGCAGUCCGAGGAGAAGCUGUCACCCUCCUACAGCAGCGACAAGAAGCACCUGUGCUCCCGCAAGCACAGCCUGGAGGUGACCCAGGAGGAGGUGCAGCGGGAGCAGUCCCAGCGAGAGGUGACCCUGCAAAGCCUGGAGGAGAACGUGUGUGACCCGCCGCCCCUGAGCCGCGCCCGGCCGGUGGAGCAAGGCUGCCUGAAACGCCCGGUCUCCCGGAAGCUGGGCCGGCAGGAGUCUGUGGAUGAGUUGGACCGGGACAAGCUGAAGGCCAAGGUAGUGGUGAAGAAGCCGGACGGAUUCCCCGACAAACAAGAAUGCCACCAGAAAUCCCACGGACUCGGGAGUGAUUUGGAAAACCUUGCUAUCUUUAAGCUAGAAGAGAGAGAGAAGAAAGUCUAUCCGAAGGCUUUGGAAAGGUCACAUCAUUUUGAAAACAAGGCGGCCGUGCAGGAAGCCCAGUCUCUGGGCAGUCUGCUGAAGGACGCGCUUCACAAGCAAGCCAGCGUGCGUGCCAGCGAGGGCGCCGCGUCCGACCCAGCGGUGGCCGGCUCUGGCCUGGCACACGGGGAGCACAGCCAGGGCGCUGGGGACUUCAAACGGGCCUCUGCUCCUGGCGCCCUCCAGGAUGGUCUCUGUCACUCUGUCGACAGGUCCUCCUCUGGGAAGGGGGAAAGCAUAGAGAAGGCCAAGGAACUUCUCCGAUGUGAGAAGUUAGACAGCAAGCUGGCCAAUAUCGAUUACCUCCGAAGGAAGAUGUCACUUGAAGACAAAGAUGACAGCCUCUGCCCCGUGGUGAAGCCCAAGAUGACAGCUAGCCCCCACGAAUGCCUGCCAGGGAACCCAGCCCGGCCCAUGGCAGGGCAGCAGGAGCCCCCCCCAGCCUCUGAGAGCCGGGCCUUUAUCAGCAGCCCCCACACAGCCCAGAUCAGUGCCAUCUCUUUUGUUCCCCUCAAGGGCUUGGCUGGCCGGGUGGACAGUGGAGUGGAGAAGCCAGGCUUGGCUGCUCCUGAGUCCCCUGUCAGGAAAAGCCCCUCCGAGUACAAGCUGGAAGGCAGGUCUGUUUCAUGCCUGAAGCCCAUUGAGGGCACUUUGGACAUUGCUCUCCUUUCUGGACCUCAGGCCUCCAAGACAGAGCUGCCUUCGCCGGAGGCUGCACAGAGUCCCAGCCCCGGUGGUGACGUGGGGCCUUCUGCGCCACCAGCUCUCCCUGGCAGCAGCAAGAAAAAGGGAGAAACUAUCAAUCCAAGAGAGCCUUCUCCUGCCAGCUUAAAGAUGAAUAAAUCCCAUCUGCUCGAGCCUCGGUUCCUGACCCCAAGUCGGGGUCUCCAGAAUUCACCAGCAGCUCCCCUGCCUGAACUAGAAGUAAAGCAGGACAAGAAGGUUUCCCAGCCUGCUGCCAGGAGCCCAGUGACAGUUGUGGGAAAUGAUCCCCAAUGGAGAGAGAGUGGCCACCCCAGACACCAAGACCACACCACUGACGCCAAGCUCCUCCCCUGCCUGGGGCCGAACCUCCACGGUGCUGGCCUGGCCAGGCCACGUGGCCCACUCCCACCCGAAGGUACCUCCUCCAGGGAGAAGCCAGGCCUGAAGGAAUCGUCUGAAAGGGGCCCUUCCACAGGCAGAAGCGAGCGGUCUGCUGCAAGGGCUGAUGUGUGCAGAGAACCCUCCGUGGAGCCAUGCCUGCCAGAAACUUCUAAAAGCAGCGACAACUCCAGAAAUCUCCCCUCUGUGGGAAGGACCCGCCCAGAUUUCUAUACGCAGCCCCAGACCAUGGAAAAAGUGUGGGGGUCUUGUGGGAAUACAAGCCACAGAGAUGGCCGGGAUGAGGUGAGGGCCCUGGCCAGAGAGGAUUCUUUGCACUCAGCUGGGCUUCCUUGUGAGAAGCAGCUGGGCAAGGAGAGAAGCGGCACAGAACCCAAGCCUGAAGCCCCUCCUGCCAGACCCUCUCUGCAGCCACCUGGAGUUGACAGUGGGAAGAGUGAAAAGCUCUCCAGCUUCCCAUCUUUGCAGAAAGAUGGUCCCAAGGACCCCGAAAGGAAAGAGCCGCCUCCACAAAGGCAUCUUGUCAGUAGCCCUCAGCCCCCCGUGACCACCAAAGAACUGCCCAGCCUGGCCUCCUGGCAACAUUGCGGUUCCCCGAGCCACACUUCCAGCAGAGCGCCGGGAGCCAAGCCCGGUGCUGCAGAACCCAGUCCGGGCCCCCCAGCCCCUCCCAAGCCUGCUGCUUUGCCCAGUGAGAGCGGCAGCCACAAGCCCCGCCUGGGCCCUGACCCAGGCCCUCCCAAGUCUAAGCACGCGGACAAGUCUCUCUCCUCACAGAAACCGAGCAUCGGGGCUGCGAAGGGCAAAGAACCUAUCACUCAGCCGCCCUGUGGCUCUAGCCGAGAGGGGAAGGGCAGCGGUAAGGGUGGCUUGGAAGUGUUCCCUGUCAUCCCAGGCCACCAGAACAAAGCCAGCGAUGUGAUUGGCCAGGGAGAAAGUCGGCCCUCUGCCCCACCGCACACUGAAGGGGGUCCUCCAGACACCACGCUGAAGCCCACCAGCGGCGGGCGCCCACCGGAGAUGCCGGAGAAGCCCGCGCAUUUGCCGAGGCAAGGACCCCCAGGGAUUGGCGAGUCAGUGGAGCAGAAACUCUCCACUGUCGAGACACAAAACCCAUCUCCAAAGCACCCCAAACCAUCCACUGUGAAAGACUGCCCCCCUCUGUGCAGACAGACAGACAAAAGCCCGAGUCAGCAGGCCACCACCACCGACAGGAAGUCCGAAGGGAAGAAAUGCACAGAAGCACUUUAUGUCCCAGCAGAUGGCGAGAAGCUCGAGGCCAGCCCUUCCCACGGGCACGGGGAGACCUGGCCGAGAGGCGUGGAGAGGCCGGCUGCAGCAGUGGGGAAGGGCUUCCCAGAGGCCAGGGGGAAAGGGCUCGGUCCCCAGAAACCAGUGACUGAGGCGGGCAAGCCCAGCGGCAUGAAACGGUCACCCUCGGCCACAGGGCAGAGUUCUCUGCGAUCGGCCGCCCCCCUGGAAAAGUCCCUGAGCUACUCCUCCAGCUUUCCCGAAGCCAGGCCAGCAGCUCGAGAUGCCUUUACGGCCAACGGCGACACCUCUUCUGCCAAGGCCAACGGGGGCACGGCUGAGCCCCCAGCCCCCAGCAAUAGGGACCAUAGGAAGUGUCAGUCGGGGGGUGACGGCAGAACCCAAAUGACAAAGAGCGACUCUUUGCCAUCCUUCCGGAUCUCCACCACCACCCCGGAGUCACACCACCCUGAGCCAAACGUGACGGGCGGAGCCAGCCACCGGGACAGGGCGCUCUCUGUGACUGCCUCCACGGGAGAAACCAAAGGCAAGGGGCCUCCCCCGGCCAGGAGACAGAGUGCGGGCAGAGAAGGGGCCAAGCCCCCGCAGGCCCCGAGCACUGACCGCCCCAUCGCCCUUUCUUCUGAGAAGGACUUCGUGGUGCGGCAGAGGCGGGGGAAAGAGAGUUUGCGCAGCAGCCCUCACAAAAAGGCCUCGUAACGGGGCAGGCCCCGGGGCCGGGCCGCGGUGACCCGCCCGAAUGCGUGACUGCGUCUUGACUGCCUUUCGAAACCAGCACUGUGUGGGGACGUCCGCCAGGCAGAGCGCCGCGCCUCCUCGAGGAAGGAGAGAGAGACAGAAAGAGGGGACCUUCUUCCAGAUGCCUUCCCAGUUGUAACCAGUAAAACUGUUACCAGAUAGUGUUUGUACGGGGAAAAGGAAAAAAUACCUUUACAGUUGAGGGUUGUUGAGGAAAAAGAUUUUCUCUGUAAAUAAAUAGCAACGUGUUCGGUUUGGGAUGUAGAGUCUAUACCUUGCUGCUGAUUGCGUCGUUUACUACAGCUUUUUUUUUUUUUUUUAAAAUAAGACUUUUGCUUUACCGUUUAUCAUAAUGUAAUAGUGAAGCGAAAUGGUCAAAACUGGGUGUAUGUAAAAAUAUAGAUACACUCCUAUUCGUGUAUAUACACAUCCACCCACAUAUUUUGGUCUGUGGUUUAAGAGAAUAUUUCAGGGUUCCAUUUUUAUAAGCUAAAGCACUCUACGUGAAGUUAAAGAUGGAAGAAAGCCCUAAAUACAGUAGAUUGUGAGUUUUUAUGUGUAUUUUUAACCAGAGUUUCUGGGUAGUACUAUAUCUGGCUACCUAUGUUUCCAGAUCUAAAGCAAGAACUCCUGUAGUCACUGCAUUUGGAGUCCUCCUCCAUUAGGACGGGCCGGGACAGGUGGAGCUGGCCGUUUUCAUUUCACAGUCAUCCUAAUGGACAUUCUGAUCCUGGGUCCAACUGUCUGAAAGGCCGGUUGUCCUUGUCUAUGGCUGUGUAUGUCUGGUCUUCACCUGAAGUAGAGCAGGGACUAUAAACACACAUCAACUCUAUUUCUGUUCUCUUUUUUCCCCUUCUUUUCAAGCUGUUAAACUCAGGCCUUUAUGCUGUGAGUAAGUAGUCCAAGAAGCACACAUUUUGUAGAAGUCCAGAACCAGCCCUGCUCUUGAAUUAAAAGGAAAAUUGCUGGCUGCACACAAAUCUGCUAGUACUUAGGUCAAGUAAUAAGCAUCAGGCAUUGGAAGAGGUUUUAAAUUUGCUUUUGUGAGGAGAAGAACAGGGGCGGGGGAUUUUGGCAUCAUAGCAUAUAUAUUAAGGAAUAAUCAGGACAUCAGAUACAUUUUAAUACAUAGCUGGGGCCUUAUGUUGUAGAUGAAGCUUGCUGUUUUUAGCAAGUUCCUGGGUUUCACAUUCAUUUCUGAUGCAUCGAGUAGCUCCAUACAUUUCAUAACAUGAUCUCUUUAUUUGUAUGCAAAAAAAAACUGUAUUAAUAAAGAGCAGCAUUUUUGUAACAGACUUGGAGCUAUUUGGUGCUUGAAUGUGACCAUCCUUUUUACUUUUGCUAAGCCUUAUUUAAAUUUUGUAUACUGUGGAAUACGUAGAAUUUGUCAAAUCAUUUUAGUGCUGAAGGUUUCUGAUUUGGGGGUGUUUUAUUUGUUGCAGGGUUUUUUUUUUUUUUUGGUGGCUUGUUUUGUAUUGUAAUAUGGCACUUGCUGACAUAAGUACUAAGGCACUAAGAAAAUACAGAUAAGUAUUCAUUAGAUGCAUGGGAACCAUAGCAGGAAUUUUUUGUUUCAUUUUUUAAGAGAAAAAUAUUACCAACAAAUAAUUAAUUCAGCACCCAAACCCCUUUGGGGAUGUCUUAGUAUCCUCAAGCUAUAAAAUUGUUUAUCUAAGCACAGCAUAAUAUACAGCCCUGUGGAUUGUAAAUCUUCUAGGGAGGCUAUAAACUCCACCUCGAAAACAAAAGCAUAACUUAACCAACUACUCGGUUGUCCUUCAUUGUAAAAUGAGUUGGUAAUGGGCAAAAACAAAAAAGAAAAAUGUCUCUUCUUUGCCCCUAAUUUUCUUCCAUGUGGUUUUAGCCAUUCCACAUCACUACAUUGUGAAACUGUAGAAGAAACACAUAUUUUAUAAGAACUUAAAUGGGUUUCUGAAGUGUUCUCAGCGUUUAUAAUACAUAUCUGUGUUUGGCGGUUGUCAUAAUCCAAUCCUUCUACACUCAGACAUCGAGACAGGUCUAUCGGGGAGGUAGUUCAUGGUUUACAGCCUUUUUUUUUUUUUUAACUGUCUAGUUUCCUUUGAAGCACAACUAGCUGUUUACAAAUGAUAUUUUAUGUAUAUUUUGUAUAGUGUGUUAUCAUUUUUGCCAAAUAUGUUUUUCAUUAUGGAUGAGUAAAGAGUACUUAAGGUUGCAUUCAUGUAAUACCUGUUGUUGUAAACCUCUCCAAUCAGCUGGUAGAAAUUCUCGUUGUGUUCUGUUCGGUCAGUCUCUAUGUGAUUGUAAGAUGUGCUCCUCGGUAGUACUCCCAGCUGUAGAUUUGCCAGCUUAAAAGUUUGUUUAGGAUCUGUGCAAUAAAGUGUUUGCAGUCUUAUUUUCUCUAAGAAAUUCCUUAUGGAUGUCAUAAUUGUUGUAUAUUGAACAAAAUAUUUAUACUUAUGCAGUUGCAUAACAUUGAAAUAAAAAUUUAGCAUGAAA